CGGCGCGCCUCUCCGCAGGCCCUUGCGGUCCCGCCAUGUCUUGCUACAUCUACCAGCUGCCUUCCAGGGUGCUGGAUGACUUGUGCCGCAACAUGGACACACUCAGCGAUUGGGACUGGAUGCAUUUUGCCUCCUAUGUGAUCACAGACCUGACCCAGCUGCGGAAGAUCAAGUCGAUGGAGCGCGUGGAGGGUGUGAGCAUCACCCGGGAGCUGCUGUGGUGGUGGGGGAUGCGACAGGCCACCGUCCAGCAGCUGCUGGACCUCCUGUACCACUUGGAGCUCUACCGUGCCGCCCAGAUCAUCCUGAACUGGAAGCCGGUUCCUGAAAUCAAGUCUUCUGUCCCAGACUUCCCGGGUGCUGUGAAGCCAGGAGGGCCCUGGGCAGCUUCUGUAAGAAACGCCAAGGAUGAACAGCAAAAGGGGCAGCCUAUCUUUCCAGGCCCAGGCCACUUUCUGACCCACAGUCCCUGCUUUCCAGAUCCUGCUCCAGCCAGAGCCAGCCUCCUGCCUCCUCCUGAAGAUGCCCUUCCUUCCUUAAAAACUGACCUUCCUGCUUCAUCUGACUCAAAGGAUUUCAGCACCUCCAUUCCUAAGCAAGAAACACUUCUGAGCCUGGCUAGAGACAGCCUUCUCUGGAGCGAGGAGGACGUGGUUCAGGCAACCGAUAACUUCAACCAAACCCACAAAAUCAGUGAGGGUACUUUUGCUGACAUUUACAGAGGACAGAGGCAGGGCAUGCCAUUGGUCUGCAAGAAGCUCAGAGAGAUGGCCUGCUCAGGUCCAGGAUCAAUUGAAAAAUUCUUGCAAGCAGAGAAACAAAUUUGUCAUAGAUGCUGUCACCCCAAUAUCUUACCUCUGCUGGGCUUCUUCACCGGAAAUCAGUUUUGCAGCUUGAUCUACCCCUACAUGGCAAAUGGUUCUUUACAGGACAGGCUCCGGUGUCAGGGUGGCUCAGACCCCCUCUCCUGGCCCCAGCGCAUCAGCAUCUUCUCAGGGCUGCUUCGUGCCGUGGAGCACCUUCACAGCUUGGAGAUCAUCCACGGCAACAUCAAGAGCUCCAAUGUUUUGCUAGAUCAAAACUUCGCUCCCAUGCUGGCUCAUCCAGUGGCUCACCUGGGUCCUGUCAACAAAAGGUCAAAAUACACUGUGAUGAAGACCCACCUUUUCCAGGCCUCAGCUGCAUAUCUGCCAGACGAUUUCAUCAAGGUGGGACAGCUGACCAAGCGAGUGGACAUCUUCAGCUGUGGAAUAGUUUUAGCUGAGGUCCUCACUGGCAUCCCUGCGAUGGAUAAUGACCGAAGCCCAAUUUUCCUGAAGGAUUUACUCCUCCAUGAAAUUCCCUGCUCCAGGAAGAUGGGCACAGAGAAAGUGAUGGCCAAGGAGAUUUGCCAGAAAUACCUGGAGAAAACAGCAGGGUGGCUGCCGGAGGACUGUGCCGAGGCUUUGGCCACAGCCGCCUGCCUCUGUCUGCGUAGGCGGAACGUCAAUCUGUCGGAGGUAUGUGACUCUGUGGCUGCUGUGGAAGAGCAGCUCAGAGGUCAGGAGAUGUCGCUCUCUUGGGAUGGGCUUUCCGAGGGCACGGGCUCUUCCUCCAACAUCCCAGAAGAAACAGAUGAUGUAGACAAUUCUAGCCUUGAUGAUUCCUCCUCCACCAGGGCAGCAUCCCAGUCUGGGAUUGCUGCUUCGCCUGACCCCACAGAGGAUGGAGAAGGCAGGAUGCAGGCCAGUGGAGGAAUGCAGGCUGCUUCCUCCUCUGAGGCCUGUGCCAGUCCAGAGCCUCCCCAGGGUGAGACUUCGUGGAAAAUUGAGAUCAACGAGGCCAAACGGAAACUGAUGGAGAAUAUCUUGCUCUACAAAGAAGAGAAACUGGACAGCAUUGAGCUUUUUGGCCCCUGAUGACCAGAACUUAGCUGAGGACCUGAACUUAGCAGAGGACCCUUGUCCUCAAUUGGAAAGAUGACUGUCAAAUCAAGAAAAAAGUUUGGGACAGAAUCCAAGCUUUCUCAGGAAACACAAACCAAAUAUCAACUUCCGGGGGGUGGUGGGGGAGAGGAAUUUCCAAUUUCCAGAGUAAGUGAAGGGAGAAGGGGCCUCAGCUUUUAGAGACAGCAAAAUCUACAAUGUCCUCUUCCUUCCUGGAAUUUGCUCAUCAGAGCUGGGUAUCAGGCUGAAGCAAUCCUGGUACAUGGUCCCAGGAUGUGGGCAAUUUUGUGGUUCUGGGGAGGGUGUGACGUUAACCACCCCAGCAGAUGCCGUUACCUUGUUCUCACCCCUGGACAACUGACAGAGCAUUCUGAACCCUGAUGGCACGUUGCAAAGUUAAGAUCUCUGGGUCACAUUUGCCAACAACUACC